CUCCUCUGGAUCCUCCCAGGAUCUACUAAGCCAUGGGCUUCUUGGUCCUCACUGGUCCUGGGUGUCCAUGGGCCUGUGGGUGCUAAGACGUGGUAACUGUGGCUCUGCCUGGGGUACCCAGUGCGCUCAGGCAGUGGCUGGAUGAGACAGGGUCCCUGGUAAUGGGCACAGAGGGGCUCUUCAGUUGGAAUCCAGGAGGGCUUCUCAGAGGAGGUGCCUGGCUCUGCCCUGGCAAUCCGGGAAGCAGGGACUGGGACAGCGAAGGCACAGGUUAGGCCUUCAACUCCUGCCCUCCUGCUCAGUCUCCCCUGUACUCUGGAAACCACUUGUGCCUGGACGAUGCCACAACAGGCUCUGCAGCUGGGCCUGGCAGCAGAGUGUUGGGGGGCCCAGGGCAGUGGCCAGUGCAGUGUGUGCCCUGCGUACGGAGGCAAGCAUGCGGGUCCGAGUCUGAGGCUGUGCCAGACCCGUCUCCUAUUCUCCUGAACAGCCCUGGCUGGGCACUGCAUAUGGAGUCCAGACUCCACCUGUCACCAUGUCAGGAGGCUUGCCAGGGCCUCAGUGUCCCCUUUGGUAAGAAGGAGUUCGUUCUGUCCUCUUAAGGAUUCCAGGAAAGCCCAGGGAGAGGCGGAGCAAGAGCCUGUCGUGGUGUUACAGAUGUCAUGGAGCCAGACCUGUCUCCACCGUGUUCUGGCAGCCCCCCAGAAGACCUGUGCCCAACUCCUGGGACCCCACCCGGGACGCCCCCACCUGGGACGCCCCCGCCCCCUGAAGCCCCUGUGCCUGGGGAGGUGGUGCAGUCCCAGCCUCUACCCAUCCCAGCCAGCAGGAAGCUUCCAGAGGAGAAGCGCCAGGCCACCUCGCUGCCCUCCAUCCCCAACCCCUUCCCUGAGCUCUGCAGCCCUCCCUCACACAGCCCCAUCCUUGGGGGGCCCUCCAGUGCCAGGGGGCUGCUACCCCGAGACACCAGCCGCCCCCACGUGGUGAAGGUGUACAGCGAGGACGGGGCGUGCCGCUCGGUAGAGGUGGCUGCGGGCGCCACGGCUCGCCACGUGUGUGAGAUGCUGGUUCAGCGCACGCAGGCCCUGAGUGACGAGAGCUGGGGGCUGGUGGAGUGCCACCCCCACCUGGCCCUGGAGCGCGGCCUGGAGGACCACGAGUCAGUGGUGGACGUGCAGGCCGUGUGGCCUGUGGGCGGAGACAGCCGCUUUGUCUUCCGGAAGAACUUCGCCAAGUACGAGCUGUUCAAGAGCUCCCCACACUCCCUGUUCCCAGAAAAGAUGGUGUCCAGCUGCCUCGAUGCGCACACCGGUGUGUCCCACGAAGACCUCAUCCAGGAUUUCCUGAACGCGGACAGCUUCCCUGAGAUCCAGGGCUUCCUGCAGCUGCGAGGCUCGGGCCGGAAGCUUUGGAAACGCUGCUUCUGCUUCCUGCGCCGGUCUGGCCUUUACUUCUCCACCAAGGGCACCUCGAAGGACCCGAGGCACCUGCAGUACGUGGCGGAUGUGAAUGAGUCCAACGUGUACGUGGUAACACAAGGCCGCAAGCUGUACGGGCUGCCCACGGACUUCGGCUUCUGUGUCAAGCCCAACAAGCUCCGGAACGGCCACAAGGGGCUCCGGGUCUUCUGCAGCGAGGACGAGCAGAGCCGCACCUGCUGGCUGGCCGCCUUCCGCCUCUUCAAGUAUGGGGUGCAGCUGUACAAGAACUACCAGCAGGCCCAGUCUCGCCACCCGCGCCCAUCCUCCUUGGGGUCCCAGCCCUUGAGGAGCGUCUCCGACAACACCCUGGUGGCCAUGGACUUCUCGGGCCACGCCGGCCGCGUCAUCGAGAACCCCCGGGAGGCCCUGAGCGCUGCCCUGGAGGAGGCCCAGGCCUGGAGGAGAAAGACAAACCACCGCCUCAGCCUGCCCACCCCGAGCUCGGGCACCAGCCUCAGCACAGCCAUCCACCGCACCCAGCCCUGGUUCCACGGACGAAUUUCCCGGGAAGAGAGCCAGAGGCUCAUCGGGCAGCAGGGCCUGGUGGACGGCCUGUUCCUGGUCCGGGAGAGUCAGCGGAACCCACACGGCUUUGUCCUGUCCUUGUGCCACCUGCAGAAGGUCAAGCACUACCUCAUCCUUCCAAGUGAGGCCGAGGGUGGUCUGUACUUCAGCAUGGACGAUGGCCAGACGCGCUUCACAGACCUGCUGCAGCUCGUGGAGUUUCACCAGCUCAACCGUGGCCUCCUGCCCUGCCUUCUGCGCCACUGCUGCACUCGCGUGGCCCUCUGACGGCCACACGAGCCGUCCCGGCCGUGUCAGGCCCCCCAGCACCGCCCCGGAAUGGACUGGGGGUGCCAAAGGUGGAGUGGGCAGGAAUGACGGAGGGGUCCCCUCUCAUCUCCUCCUGUGCUCCUUUGCCUCCUGCCUGCAGAAAGCACCCCCUUCAAGGAAGGCCUGAGUGUCCCUGGCCCCUCUGAAGCACCCCAGGGCAGUGCCUCUGGCAGGGGCAGGCCUGGGGGUUGCAGACCCCACACCCUGUACACACCGAAAGGCCAGUGAUCUGCUGUUUUAUACUUGUGACAAUAAAGACUAUUUUUUGAUA